GUUUCUGUGUGAGGUUUCUUAAAGAAGCACUUCCUUUUUAAUCAUAAUAGUGCGUGGGAAAGUAUACCAAACAUUCUGCUCUUAGAGACCAGAAGAUUUUAUGUAUUUCUUCUGCUUCUAUGGAAAGAGAAGAAAUGCUGAUACAACAUUCUGUUAUGGCUCUAAGUUUUGCAUUUACCUGUGCUUUGGAAAGAUAGUUUCCCAUUCUCUGAGAUGCAUUUCUCAGAAAAGGAUGGUUUUGAAGAUGACUUCAAUAGAAGGGUUGUUGCUGCCCAUGAAAGGGUUCCUUCUGGAAUCUUGUCUCAGACUAUGAACUACGUAGGACAACUCGCAGGGCAAGUCCUGGUUACUGUGAAGGAGCUGUACAAAGGCAUUAAUCAGGCCACCCUUUCAGGAUGCAUUGAUGUCAUUGUGGUCCGGCAGCAGGACGGUACAUACCAGUGUUCUCCUUUUCAUGUCCGAUUUGGGAAGCUUGGUGUCUUGCGCUCUAAAGAAAAAGUGAUUGAUAUAGAAAUUAAUGGCGAUGCUGUUGAUCUUCAUAUGAAACUGGGUGACAAUGGAGAAGCUUUCUUUGUACAAGAAACUGAGGAAGAAAAUGAAAAAGUUCCUGCACAUUUGGCAACAUCUCCAAUACCUACUGAAGACCAGUUUUUCAAAGACACUGACAAUCAUUUGAAAUCAGGUGAAAAUGAGAGGACAACAUGUGCAAACUCAGAAAUUCCACACACUGUGGAAACAGAGACUGUAUUCACCCCAGGUUCUGUGAAAAAGAAAAAAAGAAGAAGAAAGAAAUAUAAACAAGAUAGCAGGAAGGAAGAUCAGAUCUCUUCUACUGGGACGGAAGAGAUUUUUGAAAUGGAAAUAAGCUCAGAUGAUGAAAAAAGUGUUCAGCCCCUAAGAGGAUCCUCAAAUUCAUCACCAAAGAGUGAAGAACAGAAAGAAUCUUUGAUUUAUCACUCAAAGGAUCAUUACCCCUUAUCUGAUGGAGAUUGGUCCCCCCUGGAGAACCCUUUCUCUGAGCCAGUCUGCCCUAAAAGUGAUUCAGAACUAGAAGUUAAACCUGCUGAGAGCUUGCUCAGAUCUGAAUCUCAUAUGGAAUGGACAUGGGGAGGAUUCCCAGAAUCAACCAAGAUAAGCAAGAAAGAGAAACUGGAACAUCCCAGAACAGCUACCAUUACUCCAUCAGAGAAGACUCAUUUUAGGGUCAUCCUCAGGUCUGAUGAAGUUGAAGAUUAUGAUGAUGUGAAAGAUUCUGUCUGUACAGUACUGAAACCUGAGCCAAGAACUCAUCCUCUGCUUAAGCAGAUGGAUGUUAAAGAUUCUCUUGCUUCUGCAAUCACAGAACCGCAAGAUCCCUUGCCAUUAGAUGCUGAUCAUAGUUCUCGACUGUUGGUGGACCCUUUACCAGAAACAAAGCCAAUAGCAAAAACUGACUCUCCUUCAAAAAAGAAAGGUGUGCACAAGCGAAGUCAUCAUCAGGGGCCCGAUGAUAUUUACUUGGAUGACCUAAAGGCUUUGGAACCUGAAGUUGCAGCGCUCUACUUUCCCAAAAGUGAUUCUGAUCCGGGCUUCAGGCAGUGGACAGAAUCAGAUACCCUUUCUGGUUCCCAGUCACCCCAGUCAGUAGGAAGUGCUGCUGCUGAUAGUGGUACAGAGUGCAUGUCUGAUUCCGCUAUGGACUUGCCUGAUGUUACGCUUUCGCUUUGUGGAGGUCUCAAUGAAAAUGGAGAGAUUUCUAAAGAAAAAUUCAUGGAACAUAUUAUUACUUAUCAUGAAUUUGCCGAAAACCCUGGACUCAUAGACAAUCCCAAUUUGGUAAUAAGGAUUUAUAACAGGUAUUACAACUGGGCGUUGGCUGCUCCAAUGAUUCUGAGUUUGCAGGUGUUUCAGAAGAGUUUGCCCAAGGCAACUGUCGAGUCUUGGGUCAAAGAAAAGAUGCCAAAGAAGUCUGGAAGGUGGUGGUUCUGGCGCAAGAGAGAAAGCAUGACUAAACAGAUACCAGAGGCGAAAGAGGGGAAAACUGAGACACAAAGAGCAAAUGAACUGCCAGCAACUAUAAAAGAGCAAGUUAAUAGUAGGCCUCCAGAAGAUGAUUCUUCUAGUGAUGAAGCAUCGCAGGAGUUGAAGGAAUCCCUGAAAAUAGAAUCUGCCCCAGCAGAGCAUCCAAGCCAUGGGAACAUAACGUCGUAUAAGAAGUCACUUAGGCUGUCUUCAGACCAAAUAGCAAAGUUGAAACUCAGAGAUGGCCCUAAUGAUGUUGUAUUUAGUAUUACAACCCAGUAUCAAGGGACUUGUCGUUGUGCGGGUACAAUAUAUCUCUGGAACUGGAAUGAUAAAAUCAUCAUAUCAGACAUUGAUGGAACAAUAACCAAGUCUGAUGCUUUAGGACACAUCCUCCCCCAGUUUGGCAAGGACUGGACUCAUCAGGGCAUUGCAAAACUCUAUCAUUCCAUAAAUGAAAAUGGCUACAAGUUUCUGUACUGUUCUGCCCGUGCCAUUGGGAUGGCAGAUAUGACCAGAGGAUACCUGCACUGGGUGAAUGACAAAGGAACGAUUCUCCCUAGGGGCCCACUCAUGUUGUCCCCCAGCAGUUUGUUUUCUGCCUUUCAUAGGGAAGUAAUAGAAAAGAAGCCUGAAAAGUUCAAAAUUGAAUGUUUGAAUGAUAUCAAGAAUUUGUUUGCUCCCAGUAAACAGCCUUUCUAUGCUGCUUUUGGAAACAGGCCCAAUGAUGUAUAUGCGUACAUGCAAGUGGGAGUUCCAGACUGCAGAAUAUUUACUGUGAAUCCAAAGGGUGAACUGAUCCAAGAACGGACUAAGGGAAACAAAUCUUCGUAUUACAGACUAAGUGAGCUCGUGGAACAUGUGUUCCCAUUGCUUAACAAAGAACAGAGUUCUGCAUUUCCAUGCCCAGAAUUCAGCUCCUUUUGCUAUUGGAGAGAGCCUCUUCCUGACCUGAACAUGGACGACCUGAUCUGAAACAUACGUCUCACCCAGAGUUGGAAAUUCGUAUUCAGCUACUCAACUUCAGUUUAAAUGUGAAGAACUUUCUUAACAAAGAUGCUAAUUUAUAUACUGGUACCAUAAGUCUUACUAAAGAAAUCACUUUAACUCUAUUGGUUUAAAACAAAGAAAAUGCAAAGCUACUGUCUGUUAUUUUUUAUGUGUGGGGUUGAUUGGUUUGUUUGUUUGUUUCUUUAUUGCUUGUCUUCAUAUAUGUGUGCUAAGGCACUUGAGAUUGGCCUGUCAUUUAUGAUCCUGGUACCCAAGUGCUUCAGGGCAACUAAAUGCUGAGGUAAACUGUGACUUUGCAUUUUCAUCAAUACAGACCUUAUUGUAAACAUAGAUUAUUUUUCUUUAAUUAGUCUUAAUAGUGUAUUUUCUAAAAUGAAGCCAAAAAGUGUAUGGAAACUGCCAAAAAGAAUGUCAGACCUAUUAAUUAAAAACAUGGUCUAAAGUUCAGAUGGGCAAUUAGGCCAUUUUUAAAAAGAGCCAGAACCGAAGACCAGUGUGCUCUUUCUCAGCUAGAAUACAGAAAAUGUGGAGACUUUACUAGCCUGACAGACUCUGAAGACAUAAAAUUCCUCUUCAAAUGUAAAUAUGCCUUUUGUUACAUGUACAAGUGCAGACUUGUGCACACUCUAUUACUUUUUUUACAUAAAAUGCUUAAAUGUGUUAAAUUUCCAUCAAGAAGAAUCUUGAACAUUUCUGUAAGAGUUGGGGAGCUGGCAUUUUUAUUUCCUUUUUCAGCACAGAGAUGAUGCAUAUGUGUGUAUGCUGUGUAGGCCAGUAAAACGUAUGUACAGAUUAUAUUCAGGGAAUUGUAAUACUAAAAAAACCUAUGUAUUUAAUUUUUUAAUUGUCUGUUGCAGGUCUUUCCAGAAUUCUGUAUUGCAGGUUUUCGGUAUCUGGAAGGAAAUGCAGCUCAAUAGUGAGAUUCCAGGUAUGAGAAUGGUUAAAUGCUGCAGAGCAGAAUAAUUUCUUUUUUUCCUUUUUAUUUUUUCUUUUUAAGUUUUAGGUUAUUCAUAAACAUUAUGCUGGUCAUUCCUCAGGUGAAGAUCCAAGCUUGUGAACAAAUUGCAUUCCAAGUCUAGUGUUUAUCAGCUGUGAAAGCAGCUAGUGUUUCUCUCUCCAAAAAUACUUGAAGGCAAAGGUAGUUCUGCUUUUUUGAGUUAGUGACUUUAACCUCCUUCGGACAAAUCUAUGGUGAGAAUUUAUCAUUCCACCAGCCCAGAGGGCUUAAGGAAUGCAGUCAUUUCAACAUCAGUCCUGGGCUUUCUGGGCGCAUAGUCUUUUCUGUCACUCCUUAAGCAAGGAGUCACUCCUGGGGCCAUGCACUAAAGACCCUUCUGGGGCAACAUCCAGAAUUUCCACCAGGCUCCAGGGCGAGCUCUCCCCCACGCAUCUCUCCCAGUGGGGACAGGGAUGUCUGCAGGGAAGUGUGAGUCAUCUUCAGAAGACGUUGGUACCUACUACCCAGUGUUCCACCUGCUGCGGUGCCUAUGCCAGGGCUGCUUUUCUCAGAAACGCCUUGGGCAGGCCCUUCUCCUUACUUGGGCAGGCCCUUCUCCUUACUUGGGCAGGCCCUUCUCCUUACUUGGGCAGGCCCUUCUCCUUACUUGGGCUGAAUGUAGCUGAGGGGCUCUGUGUCUCACUAGCUGCAAAAGAGGGUUAUACACCCCCUCUCCAGGAAUAUUUUCUUUAUUGGGCUGAGUGUCUUAACCCACGGUUCAGGUUAACACCAGCUAAUGCUAGAGUGCUGGUGAACUGCUUGAGGGGAGAUAACUUUUACAUUACUAUAUAAACAAAAUGACUUUUUGUGGUGUAUUCCUGUGUUUAUAAGACAUUAAACGAAGAGUGGGGGCACGUAAAAUCAGCAUGGAACCUGUCUUUUGAAGUAGGAGUGUUAGAGUGGGAAAGAAAACACACCUGUCUGUCACGGUGUGCCAUGUGUGUCACUUAACUGAAAGGCAUCUUUGCUCUUGUACAGAGAGAAUGAUACUUUCUGUGACUGUUUCAGCAGAUUCAUGGUCUUGUCAACAAUCUACUCAGUAUUCCAGUAGAUUUCACAGGGUGCAACUCAAAGGAUAUUUUGCUCGUGCUGCUUUUUUUUUUUUUUACUGUCAGAAGCUUACAAACAUCAUUCCAUGUAUUUUUUUUUUGUUCCUUUUCUUUUAUUCCGUAGCUUUCAUUAGAAGCUGCAAUUUUCAUGAUCACCAAGUGCUUUGAAUAUCAAUGGGAUUUGAGGUUUUAAGUCACUUUAAGACUUUAAAAUAAAUAAGAAUCCAACCUGACAAAGUAUUUUUAAUUACAAGAUGAAAUAUUCUAUCUGAAGAUUUUAUCUUACAUAAAGGGAGUGAAGCUGCCUUUCCUGAAACAGUCCUUUGUGGAUGUCAAAAUUUUCUUUACCAUGCUCAACUUAUUCUUGGUGGCCUCAGUAUUACACAGGUUUUUCUAAAAAAAAAAAAAAGCACUGCAUGAAACUGGGAUGAGUUCCCAAAUGGGGGAGAGAUUGUUGCCAAGGUUUGGCUGUAUCUUUCUCAGUUUUGUUUUGGUUUUUUUUUCUUUUUAAACUUGGUUAAUUUUUUUCUUCCAUUCCAUUCAUUUUUUCAGAUUGUCAUAAAGAUAAGCUGUGGAUUUUAAGGUGGUGACUUGAGUAAAUGAGCAGUGUGGAAAAAUAGUAUCAAGUAUAUCUCCAAAUGCAUAUACUUUAAGCUGGUAUGGAUGUGGGGGUUGUAUGGUUGUAGAGAGCUCCUCAUUCUGCUGACCUGUUAUUUUGCAUUACAGAGAUGCCCAAAAAGUGGCUUAGCUUAAAAUUUUGCUUUUUUUGAUCUGUAAAAGCUACAGUUUUGGUUUAUUAAUAAAAUGUAAAGGUGUUCUUGAGUAUUUCUGAUAUGAGUAGGGCGAGGUUUUUGUUUUGUUUUUCUUUUCUAAACCUGGCUUGUAUUUGAAGCUUUUCAGAUUGCUUGUUAAACCUGUUUAGGGACAGAAUAUGGGGGCACUGUACCUGUCACUGCAUACCAAUGGAAUUUGGACUGCUGGGCACUUUAGAAAAGAUAUCUCAUUACUAUCAAACCUGUAGGCUUGUGCUGCAAUAUUAAUAUGAAGUGGAGUAAAUAAGAAUUAUGCAUUGGCCUGUCCUUUGUUACCUUAGUCGAGAGAAGUGGCCUGAAACUAAUGUCUGAGAACAAGCUGUGCUGUAGUUAUUUAAAAUUAGCGCAAGCUAAAUAAUUCUUUCUGUGAAAGAGGAACUUCUAAGUGUGUGUGCCUGUAGGCGCACGCACACCCCUGUUAAGACUGUGUUGUUGAAGAUGCAGAUCCUCUUAGCAUUGGAACCGUGUCAGAGGUUGAGUCAAUGAUACUUAUCUGGGAGUACAUAAGGAAUAUUGCAAUUCAGAACUUGUCAGUGACUUGGACAUUACCCGUUUCUAGAAUGCUAUAAAGAUCAGUAACUUAAGUGGUACACAUUUCUGGAUUUUUAUUUUCUGUACCAAGCAUGUUUGUACUUCAAAAGGUUGGGCGCUCACCCCUAAGAGUACACAAUGGCAUGUGCAGUGUUGGCUCGUGUAUCCUUAGCUUCCUGUCAUCGGUAUACUCCUUCUAAAACUUUUUAUUUUUCAACUGGAAAAGUUUUAACACUUGUGUCAACUCUGUUAUGGAACUUAUGAAGCAAACUCUGAAUCUGCUUAUGGUGAAGACAAAAAGAGAUGAGAUUUCAUGUUAAUAUUUCAUACAAGUCUUCUAGAAAAUGCUGUUGUAUGAAUGCAAGUUGUUUAAAUUACUGUAAUGGUAAUUCAUAAUGAAACAUCAAAAAUACAUAAGGAAUUUGAGAUGCCUUUAAGUGUCACUUUUGCCUGAAGAAGUUUUAGUUUCCAAAGUUAAAUUCUGCUGAAUAGAAUGGAAUUGUUGUUUUGGAUUUUUUAUACAGUGUUAAUUACUUCCAGAUGAAAGCUAAAAUGCUGGUUUAUUUUGAGGGUGGGAAAACUCUUCAAUCAUUUCUUUCGUUUUUAUGUUGAAGAUGUGAAAUACUUGAUUGUUAAACAACCCAAUCACUAAUAAGGUAGUGUGUUUAAAAUAGUCAAAUCUGUGAUAUACCAAUACAGUGGUUUUUGUUAAGACUGGACUAUCUUGGGUACAGUAACCCACACUUCAGUGCAAUGUUUAUGGAUGUUCAGAACAAUGUUAUCACAAUAAACAAACUUAAACUAA